AUCACAAAGCAAAGGAAACGCAGGACUUUGCUGAUACAUACCAAGGAACAAGAAUGCUGGAAUGUUUCAUUUCAAAGAAAGCCAAAGAAUAAUCCCCCACGCCACCACACAAAAACUGAUUAAAAAAAAAAAAUCACCGUAUAAAACCAGAAUAAAUUAGAAAAAUCUCCCAUUUUGCGUAUCCUGUUACGUCGUUUUCACGUCCGACUACUGUUUGCCUCGUAAUUUACUUGGGCUACGGAGUUCGGGAAUUCCAUUUUGAGUUGCGCUUGCUUGUUGAGGCCUAAAAAGUUUGCAAAUCCACCCAAAGAAGCAACCCAAAAUGUCCCAAUUCUCCCAAUUCCCACGCCUCUCUCCCUUUAUGUCAUAGCUUCAGGCCCAUUUCCCAUCCUUUUAUCAUCUCCUUCUUUCCGACCAGUGUCCCCUUGAUUAAAAUUUAAAAACACGCGCGCCUUAAACCUUCGAAUUCGAUUCCUUCUCUACUAAGCUUUGGACCAGAGUACACAGAAGAUAAUGAGUUCUGAUCCAAGAGACGACAGAUCCGAGAUUGUCUUCUUCGACCUCGAAACGACGGUUCCCACCCGCACCGGUCAGGGUUUUGCGAUACUGGAAUUCGGAGCUAUCCUUGUGUGCCCGAGGAAUUUGGAGGAACUCCGGAGCUACUCUACCUUGGUCCAACCCGUCAAUCCUUCUUUAAUCUCUUCUCUGUCCGUUCGAUGCAAUGGAAUCACAGCUGACGCCGUCAAUUCCGCCCCUACCUUCGCCGAUAUUGCCGAUACUGUCUACGACAUCCUCCAUGGGAGGAUUUGGGCGGGACAUAAUAUCACGCGGUUUGACUGUGUACGUAUAAGGGAGGGAUUUGCUGAGAUUGGCAGAACACCUACGGAGCCCAAGGGCAUUAUAGAUUCUUUAGCCUUGCUGACCCAGAGGUUUGGUAGAAGAGCUGGGGACAUGAAGAUGGCUAGUCUUGCAACUUAUUUUGGGCUCGGAAAACAGACACAUAGGAGUUUAGACGAUGUCCGGAUGAAUCUUGAAGUUUUGAAGUACUGUGCAACAGUUUUGUUCUUGGAGUCAAGCCUCCCAGAUGCAUUCCCAGAAAAAAGUUGGGUUUCACCUAAUGCUACUACGAGAAGUCGUAAAAAUGGAAAAUCACCUCUGGAAGGGCCUGGCAUAAACAUAGAUGCUUCCUCUUCAAGUUCAAAGUUUGGAAAUGUUUCUCCUAAAUAUCAUGAAAAUGAGGAAAAUCAUCCAUUAUAUGAUCUGCUGAGAUGUGUUGCAUCUGAUAUGCCUCAACCAGAUACUUUUGACAUGACCGCUCUCAGCAAUGAAAUACAUGCUGACUCCCUUCAGCAAGAUGUUGACAUGGAAAAAAAACCUAUGACAGAGUCUUCUGAGAUGCCUUCAGCAGUGACUGUUCCUGGAAGUUUCAGUGGCAAUGCAGGAUUUUUGGAACCUGAUGAAGUUUCUGUUUCUUCUAUUAGGGCAUGUUUUGUUACAUUCAAAGAUGGGGUUCAAAGAAUGAUAUUAUUGUAUGAGCAUGCCAUUUUGCAGCUUUGUUGUCAUCAUUUAAGGGUACGGUUUGGUUUGAGUACAAAAUUUGUCGAUCAUGCUGGACGACCACGGUUGAGUUUUGUGGUUGAUGCAUCUCCAUGUUUGUGUGGAGUUCUUGAAGCAUGUGAUGGUAUUGUAAGGAAAUUGUUUGUGGAAUCAGGUAGCAACUCUGAUUGGAGGCCUGCUGUGAACAAAAAACCUGGCUUCUUCAACUACCCAACAGUGAGACUGCACAUACCUACUGCUGUAAAUGAGGAUGGUGCUAAAUAUGCAACAGAUAUAUAUCAGAAAGAUCCUUCUGGAACUGUACAAAAGCUUGUGUUCAGUAAGUUUGAUGCUGCAGAACUUGAUACCUGGUUCAGUCCAGGGACCUUUUUGGAUGCCUCCUUCUCCUUGCAUCCAUAUGACUAUCAGCAGAGUGCUGGCAUCCGAUUAGUGGCAAAGAAAUUAAUCAUUCACAAAGAGUGAAUGGAGAUGGUUCUCUGAUCUAUUCGUGAUGAUUGCUUGUGAUAUACAUGUGUAACAAAUUAGGCCAACAUGCACUGGUGAAAGCGAUUUCUUUUGUUAUUUAGGGUAAAAUGCAAGACAUGAAUGCUAAUAUUUGAUAUUGGUUACAUGUAACAGUAAAAUUCGUGCAGAUUGUAAUUUUAAUCGUAGGCUUUUAACUGACGUUGACAAGCCUAUUGCUUAAGGGUUUUUUUUUUUUUUUUUUUUAAAAUUAUGUUUUCUUUAGAUUUGGAUUGUCGCAUGAAUUGAGUUGUUAAUAAUGUUUAGGUGAGUCAUCAACUAGUGGUUUCGGGGUAUGUAGUUUGUAGGAGAGUCACAUUAUUUGUCAUGCCUAAUUUGUAUUUCAUGUACUCUUAUUAUUCCAAUUUUAUAUGCACUCAAUUUUCGGGUCAUAAUGGUAGCAUGGGUACUCAAGUGAAUCUUUCUCCAAUCA